AAAAAUCUGCGGCCUUUUUUUACAAUCUUGUCUGCCUGAAGAAACUUUAAUCCACCCACUUUGUGGUUUUUUAAGGAGUCUAUUUCAUUAAUAAAAUGGUUGACAUUCAUUCAGUUGUUUAUCCAUGUGAAACUGGUAUCGUUCUUAGAGAAUAUCUAUUGGUUGGAAUGGAAAAUCCUCUUUUGGACAUAUCUGCAGUUUGUGAUGAUAAGUUUCUUUUAAAGUAUGAUUUGAAAUCUGAUAGUGCUAUUCUUGCUGAUGAAAAACAUCUACCAUUGUAUAAAGAUAUGGUGGACAAUUUAAAUGUUGAAUUUAUAUCAGGUGGAGCUGCAUUAAAUAGUAUGCGUGUUGCACAGUGGAUUCUUCAGAAACCAAAUGUUGUCAGUUAUUUUGGUUGUAUUGGUGAUGAUGAUUAUGGUAGAAUAUUAGUAAAUAAAGCGCAUGAGGCUGGUGUUAAUAUCCAGCCACAAAUAAACAAGGAGUACAGCACAGGAACAUGUGCAGUAUUAAUUACUGGAACAAAGCGUUCAUUAGUUGCCAAUCUUUCAGCUGCUAAUCAGUUUAAAAGAACUCAUUUUGACAACAAAGAAAACUGGGAUCUAGUGGAAAAAGCAGAAUAUUUUUAUAUAGGGGGUUUCUUCUUAACAGUUUCACCUGAAUCUAUUUUAGAAAUAGCAAAUUAUGCUUGCGAUAAAAACAAGUGUGUAAUAUUAAAUCUAUCAGCAGACUUUAUAUGUCAAUUUUUUGGAGAGGCAUUACAAAAAUGUUUGCCAUACGUGGAUGUCUUGUUUGGAAAUGAUUCAGAAGCAAUCUCAUUCUCUAAGUUGCAAAAUUUCAAUACUGAAGAUGUCAAAGAAAUUGCUUUAAAAACUGCAGCUCUUGGAAAAAUAAAUCAAAGCCGCUCAAGAAUAGUUGUUUUUACUUGUGGCGCCAAACCUACUAUUGUUGCAUAUGACGGAAAAGUAUCAGAAUAUCAUGUUACUGAGAUAAAGCAAGAGGAAAUUGUUGAUACGAAUGGUGCUGGGGACUCAUUUGUUGGAGGUUUUCUUAGCCAAUUCAUUCAGAGAAAGUGCAUAUCUCGAUGCGUGCAAGUUGGUCAUUACGCCGCAAAUUACAUCAUUCAACAGUCAGGUGUUUCUCUUAAGAGUCCACCCGUAGUACCUGAGCCUAUAUAGCGGUUACCGCGUUAGUUUUUUUUAUAGAUUUUUAAACAAUUAUUUUAUAAAGAUUUUUAUAAAUAUGAA